AUGGAUGUGCAGAAAACAGAACAACAGCAUCGAGAGAAAGAAUCAAAAGAGGAGGAUCAGAAAGAACAUCCUCGCAAGGAUUGGAUAAGGGCAAAAUUUGUGGGAAGUAUGAAAAAGAAAGGAGGUCAAUGGACAACUGUAAAACACAGUAGGACAAUAUGCCCGCUAUGUGCCAGGCUCUCUUUUGUGAUUGUUCUGUACCUGCUUAUUUCCAAAGCAGGUGUUAGUCUUGGGCACCCUCAAUGUUUGGACUAUGGACCUCCUUUCAAACCUGCUGCUAACCUGGAGUUUUGUUCUCAGUAUGGCACCUUUGGAUGCUGCGACCGACAGAAAGACAAUACCUUAGCUGAUAAAUACUGGUCAAUCAUGGACCACCUUGAGAUUCAGGCGCUCGAGCUGUGUGGGGUCUAUAUCAAAGACAUCCUGUGCCAGGAAUGUUCACCAUAUGCUGCCCAUAUAUAUGAUGCCGAGGACCCUUAUACACCCCUAAGGACCAUUCCAGGCCUCUGUUUUAACUAUUGUUCUGAAUUCCAUCUAAAAUGCAAUGGUAUCAUAACUUUUCUUACAGAAGACAAGCACCUACUGGAGACUUCUAUGAAGAGUAGAGUCAACUUUUGCAAUUUGCUUAGUUUACCAGACCCAGACUAUUGUUACCCUGAUGUUGUGCAAACGGCAGACUUGAAUAAUAAACUUGGAUCCAUGGUGGAGGAUCCAGAAGGUUGUCUUAAACUAUGUCUUAUUGAGGUUGCUAAUGGAUUGAGGAACCCAGUCCUUAUGAUUUAUGCUAAUGACGGAACUCAUCGUAUGUUUGUGGCUGAGCAAAUUGGAUUAGUCUGGGUUUACUUGCCCGAUGGCACUCAGUUGGAUGAGCCUUUUCUAGAUUUGCAAGACUUUGUGGUCUCUACUCCUUGGCAUGGAGAUGAAAGAGGUUUCCUUGGCAUGGCCUUCCAUCGACAAUUUCAAAGGAAUGGAAAGUUCUAUGUGUACUACAGUAUCAUUGAUGAAGACUAUGUUGAGAAGAUCAGAAUUAGUGAGUUUCAUGUUUCAUCACAGGAUAUGAAUAAAGCAGAUCCACUUUCAGAAAGGAUUAUUUUGGAGAUAGAAGAACCAGCUCCAAAUCAUAACGGAGGACAACUACUUUUUGGCACCGAUGGUUAUUUAUACAUAUUCACUGGAGAUGGAGGGCAAACUGGAGAUCCCUUUGGAGAUUUUGGAAAUUCACAGAAUAAAAGUUCAUUACUGGGUAAGGUACUACGUCUAGAUGUAGACACGAAGAACAUCAAUGGAAAGCCUUAUGGAAUACCACCAGACAACCCAUUUAUAUUUGACCGUGGUGCAAGUCCAGAGGUUUAUGCUUAUGGUGUUAGAAACAUGUGGAGAUGUUCUGUAGACCGAGGAGACCCUGUCACUGGAAAAGGACGAGGGAGAAUCUUUUGCGGAGAUGUUGGCCAAAGCAGAUAUGAAGAAGUUGAUAUCAUCUAUAAAGGAGGAAAUUAUGGCUGGAGAGCCAAAGAAGGGUUUGAAUGCUUUGAUAUAAUGCUGUGCUACAAUUCCUCUUUAGUUGAUGUUCUGCCCAUAUUUGCUUAUGGCCAUAAUGUUGGUAAAUCUGUUACUGGCGGUUAUGUCUACAGAGGAUGUGAAUUUCCGAAUUUAAAUGGUCUCUACAUUUUUGGAGAUUUUAUGAAUGGCCGGCUCAUGGCUUUGCAGGAAGAUGAAAAAACAAAAGAAUGGAAGAAGCAAGACAUUUGUAUGGGCGAUUCUACAACUUGUGCUUUUCCAGGCCUUAUCAACACACACAGCAAUUUUAUUAUAUCUUUUGCAGAGAAUGAAGCAGGUGAACUGUUUUUCUUGUCCACAUCCCAGCCAAGUUCACUGGACCCACGAGGAACAAUAUACAAACUUGUAGAUCCUUCAAGAAGAGCUCCACCUGGAAAGUGUCAAUUCAAACCUAUUCCAGUGAAAGUAGAAUCUAAGCUCCUUCCAUUUGUUCCACAAGAAAGAACGGUCAUUGAAAUUCUCAGUAAAAAAAUUACACCAUCCAAGAUUAUACCAAAAUCCACCAUAGCUUCAACAACUACAUUGAUGCCCAGAACCUCUAAACCAUCCAAGCAAAAACCCAAGACAUUACCAAAAUCUUCUAAAACUAAAACUAAAUCUUCAUUACUGAAAACUGCUACAAAAAAAACCACGACUACUAAAAAACCUAAGCCACCACCUAAGAUAUUGAAAUCCUCUACAAAGAAACCAACGACUACUAAGAAACCCAAACCACCACCUAAGAUACUACUAAAAUCCCCUAAAACUGCAAUCAAAUCAAUAAAGGUUAAGCCUACAAAGAAGCCCUCACCGACUACUCAUGCAAAAAUGCAAAUUACUUCACCUGGUUAUUUAAAAACAAAGAAUUACAUCUUAAAGUCAAAAGCAAAACAAACCAACCUCAAGGACACAGUCAAGAAGACAGCUGAAGAACUGCCAUUCAAAUCUGCAUUAAAGGAAAAGAAGAAAGACAAAAUACCAAAGUUGAAGAAGUUAUUGCAAGGAAUCAUCAUAAACUAG